AUUUUAUAACAUGUUUUUCCCGCUUGUCUUUCUUUUGCUGAAGCCAAAUCCAUUUGCACUCUGCCGGGAGAGUUUUGCUUCACAGGGCAGGUGAGAAAGAUGCAGAAGGGAGGGGGAUUGUUCUGUGUUAGCCCAGCAUUGGAUGUUUCGAGAGAGGGAGUGGACCAUGUCUUUCUCUCUCUCUCUCUCUCUCUCUCUCUCCUCCUUUCUCGUUCUCUGUCUCCAUCACUAUGGAGUUGAGGCGAGGAAACCACACAGCCAGUGGAAGCAUGCGUGAGCUCAGGGUGCUAAAACAAAAGGCACACUAUCUAUCACCCACUAUAUCAUUCCGUGGACUUGCACAUCCAUUACAGUGAUGAGCGUAAGGGAGAGGCUAAGCGGGACACGUUACCAAGGAGACGACGAUGAUGAAAUGCACUAGCGUCUCGUUCUCUCUGUUUCCUGAAGUCUGAAGGAACUUAAAAGCUGUUAUGCCAGGCUCUGCCACUCAGGAGAACAUCAUGAAGUCCCAGCAGAAAUGUAUUGCUGUGUUUGCACUGGUUUGCUGCUUUGCUGUCCUGGUGGCUCUGAUUUUCUCUGCUGUGGAUGUCUGGGGAGAGGAUGAGGAUGGUGUCACCGAGGAGAACUGCAGCAAAAAUUGUCGCAUUGUCCUUGUGGAGAACAUCCCUGGAGAGCUGUCAUUUAACCCCAAUAGUUCAGCCCAUCUCCCACUUGCCAUGGGUCUCAACCACCUUUUGGACCAAGCAAAACGGUCAGUUGAGAUAGUGUCGCCGUACUGGACUCUGACCUCCGCCGAUCAGGGGUCACGGCUUUAUUCUUCCUAUCAGGGUCAGUAUUUGUUUCAGAGAUUGUUAAGCCUGAAGUCUCGAGGUGUCAAAUUAAAGAUCGUCAGUGACCAGCCCAACUCCACUGAGCUGAAGAGCAUGUCUGACCGCUAUGCAGAAGUGCACUACGUCAACAUGACAGCCCUCACCAGAGGAAGACUGCUUUCCUCGUUUUGGGUGGUGGACAGGAAGCACGUUUACAUUGGCAGUGCUGGCAUGAACUGGAAAGUGUUUUCCAAGCUGAAGGAGCUUGGAGUAAUAGUGUACGACUGUAGUUGUUUGGCUCUGGACCUGCACAGGAUCUUUUCUUUCUACUGGCAGCUUCAGUACAGGGACUACAUCCCUUCGAUCUGGUCCAAGAGAGUCACGGCCGUAUUCAGCAGAGACAAGCCGCUUCAGCUUAGACUCAACAAUACAGAUGCUUCUGCCUUUGUGUCGACGUCACCAGAGCUGUUUUGCCCCAAGGGUAGAAGUAGAGAUUUAGAUGCCAUACGACAUGUGAUCCGAGAAGCCAAGAGAUUCAUCUACAUUUCUGUAACUGAUUACCUGCCCUUAAUCAACCGCAGCUUCAGAGGAUCACCAAUCGUACGGUACUGGUCACCAAUAGACGAGAUGCUCCGAGAGGCUGCAGUACUCAGAGAGGUCAAAGUUCGUCUCUUAAUCAGUCUGUGGACACACACACAUCCACUGACCUUUAACUUUAUGACAUCAAUGCAGGCCCUAUGCACAGGACUGCCAUUCUGCUCUAUAGAAGCGAGAUUUUACAGAGCCAAGGAGCAGAUUGGAGGAUUUCAGCACAGGAUAAAUAAGAAUAAAUUUAUGGUGACAGACAAUGCAAUAUACAUUGGGAAUCUGGACUGGGUUGGCAGUGAGUUGGCUUUCAAUGCAGGAGCGGGGCUGGUGAUUCAAGAAUCGGAGAACCAGCAGGAAGGGCAGGACUCGAUUGUAGAGCAGCUGACUGCUGCUUUUGAAAGAGACUGGUUUUCACCCUACACAAUAAGCCUGCUUUCUGGCAGCAUGACCCUACAGGAGAGCCAACAUGGGAGGCAGAAACUGCAAGCUCUAAAGACAAAAGCGGAGAGCAGAGAGCAUGAGUGAGCGGCACGAAUUUCUCUCUGAAGCGGGACCAAUAAGCCAAGGACUUUGUGCCUCACAACAUCUGCGCCAUGACUCUUACCAUUUGAAUUUUCAAAUGCUGCCAAUGGAACUGAAUAAUAAUGUCUGAAGGACUUCUGUGAAGGAAACGAUUUUUGAAAAAUUACAGUACAGCACUUUCGAAGAUAUACUCUAAACCAUUAUAUAAUGCAUGCUUGUUUGGAUAAGAAACACUCAGUACCAUUAACUGAGAACUGUGGAAAUCAUUUACUCCAGUAUUUAGACUUUUCUCAUUUUAAACCAAAUUAUUCAGAGACUCUGCUCAUGGAAAAAUUUCGAGAAAGGACAUUGCCAAAAAUUUUGUAAUCAUUGUGUAAAUUACUUUUCUCAAGAUGUUCAUUAGUCAUCCUUUUUUAAAAUCAAGCACAUUUUUACUGAAAGACAUUUUGGAAAAUCUGCAUAUACACCAACAAAUUUGCUCAUUACAUAUGCAUCAUCAUACUGUAGCUAUCAUUAUACUAGAUAUUAUGGCACAUCUGACACUGUGUAUAUAUAAAAUGUUUACAUGAUGCAGCAUGCACAGCCUUGAAGUAAUGUACAAUCGUACACUCAAGAAGAGACUGUUUUUCUUAUUGAACACUCACUUAAGCUUACACCCUUUACGUGUAGCUUCAUAGAGUAGCUUAUAUAUUAAAACUGACUGUUUUAAUGGAACAUUAAUGUUUUAUUAAACAGUCAUUGCUGAUUGCUGAUCUUAUAAUACAGGCCACAUAUGUUGCAUUUCUCAGUAGUUUGUGGCCUGAUGCUUUAGCAUGUUUUGCCUUAUAUAUGCUGCCAUAAACUGUAGCGGCUGUUGCUUUCUGGAUGACUACCUCCUAUGAUACAAUGCAUCUAUGAUAUACUAUAUACAUAUAAUCAUAUAUAAUAAAACUGCUUGCUGCAGCAUGGGUCAUAUAUUGAAAUGAAUUAUAGCCCCAUGUAGCCUACAUAAGAUACUGAUUUUCUUACAUGGAAUGCACAAUUUAUGAUGUGAUUAAAUGUAUAGCACCUUAACCAACUGUUAUAAUUAAAUAUUAAAGAGUUCAUUAAAAAUUGACUAGCAGU